AAGCCCCUCAAAGAACGGUCCAGUCGGCCUACCUCCUCCCCCGGCUUUUUCACCUGUCAGCGCUCGGCUCACACCACCCCCGGAAAUGACGCCAACCACCUGGUCCUGGCCGUGUCCCGUCGGGCCUCGCGGCGGCGGCGGCAACAUGGCGGCGGCGGGAGCCGUGGAACGGAGCUUCUUGGAGAUAAGUGGACCUGAGCGUGAAAGACAAAGGCAUUUUCGGGAGUUUACAGUCUGCAGCCUUGGGACUGUGAAUACCGUGGCUGGAGCCGCGAAAUACAGUGAGACCGCGGGAGGUUUCUACUAUGUGGAAAGCGGCAAGUUGUUCUCUAUCACCAGAAACAGGUUCAUUCAUUGGAAAACCUCAGGAGAUACUUUGGACCUGGUGGAAGAAUCUCUGGACAUAAAUCUGUUGAAUAAUGCGGUUCGCCUCAAAUUUCAAAACUGCAGUGUGUUACCUGGAGGGGUGUAUGUCUCUGAGACUCAGAAUCAUGUGAUAAUUUUGAUAUUGACCAAUCAAACAGCACACAGGUUACUUUUACCACACCCUUCCCGGAUGUAUAGGAGUGAAUUGGUCAUUGAAAGUCAGAUGCAGUCAAUAUUCACUGACAUUGGAAAAGUUGAUUUCAGGGAUCCUUGCAACUAUCAGUUAAUUCCAGCAGUAUCUGGAAUAUCCCCUAAUUCUACUGCCUCAGCAGCCUGGCUUAGCAGUGAUGGGGAGGCUCUAUUUGCUCUACCAUCUGCUUCUGGGGGAAUCUUUGUUCUUAAACUACCUCCUCAUGACGUACCUGGGAUGGUGUCAGUUGUGGAACUGAAACAGAGUUCAGUAAUGCAACGAUUGUUUAUAGGCUGGAUGCCAACAGCUAUCAGUUUUAGGGGCGACCAGGGGCCUUCAGAUCGUCCCCUCAGUCUUGCUGUUCAUUGUGUUGAACAUGAUGCCUUCAUCUUUGCACUGUGUCAGGAUCAUAAACUCCGAAUGUGGUCUUAUAAGGACCAAAUGUGCCUGAUGGUAGCUGACAUACUAGAGUACAUCCCUGUGAAUAAAGACAUGCGGCUCACUGCUGGAACUGGACACAAAUUACGACUAGCGUAUUCCCCUACCAUGGGACUCUACCUAGGAAUAUAUAUGCAUGCACCAAAACGUGGACAGUUCUGCGUUUUCCAGUUGGUGAGCAAUGAGAAUAACCGCUAUAGUCUAGAUCACAUUUCCUCACUAUUCACUUCUCAGGAGACACUGAUUGACUUUGCCUUAACUUCCACGGAUAUCUGGGCUCUGUGGCAUGAUGCCGAGAACCAGACAGUUCUGAAAUACAUCAACUUUGAACAUAAUGUUGCAGGUCAGUGGAACCCAGUUUUUAUACAGCCUCUGCCAGAGGAAGAGGUCGUCAUCAGAGAUGAUCAAGACCCCAGAGAAAUGUAUUUACAGAGUCUUUUUACACCAGGACGAUUCAUAAAUGCAGCUUUAUGUAAAGCCUUACAGAUUUUCUGCCGAGGAACAGAGAGAAAUUUGGAUCUCUCUUGGAGUGAGCUAAAGAAAGAAGUUACUGUUGGCGUUGAAAGGGAGCUCCAAGGAAGUGUAACGGAGUAUGAAUUCUCACAAGAGGAGUUUCGAAAUUUACAGCAGGAAUUCUGGUGCAAGUUCUAUGCCUGUUGUCUUCAGUAUCAAGAAGCCCUCUCCCAUCCUCUUGGCCUACUUUUGAAUCCAUGUACAAACAUGGUGUGCCUUUUGAAAAAAGGGUACCUGUCUUUCCUUGUGCCCUCCUCCUUAGUGGAUCAUUUGUAUCUUCUGCCUGAUGAGAACCUUUUGACAGAGGAUGAAACAACCAUAUCUGAUGAUGUGGAUGUUGCUCGGGAUGUCAUAUCUCUUAUAAAAUGCCUUCGGCUGAUUGGAGAGUCAGUAACUAUGGAUAUGUCAGUUAUGAUGGACACAAGUUGUUACAACCUACAGUCCCCAGAAAAGACUGCAGAACAGAUUCUGGAAGAUUUGAUCACUAUUGAUGUAGAAAAUGUGAUGGAAGAUAUUUGUAGUAAAUUGCAGGAAAUUAGGAAUCCAAUCCAAGCCAUCGGACUUCUUAUACGGGAAAUGGAUUAUGAGACAGAAGUGGAAAUGGAAAAGGGAUUCAACCCAGCUCAUCCCCUGAAUAUUCGAAUGAAUCUUUCCCAGCUCUAUGGUAGUGGAACAGCAGGGCAUAUUGUGUGUAGAGGUGUGUGUAAAAUUGCCAGUACUCGCUUCCUGAUCUGCCGAGACCUUUUGAUCUUACAGCAGCUAUUAAUGAGGCUAGGAGAUGCAGUGAUCUUGGGAGCUGGUCAGCUCUUUCAAGCUCAGCAAGAUCUACUGCAUCGAACAGCUCCUUUACUCCUAUCUUAUUACCUCAUUAAGUGGGCAAGUCAGUGCUUGGCAACUGAUGUUCCAGUUGAUACACUGGAAUCUAAUCUCCAACACUUAUCAGUCCUGGAACUAACUGACUCUGGUGCUUUAAUGGCAAAUAAAUUUGUAUCUACCCCUCAGACAAUUGUGGAGUUAUUCUUCCAAGAAGUUGCAAGAAAACACAUUGUAUCUCAUCUCUUCUCUCAACCAAAGGCACCUCUGAGCCAAACUGGGUUGAAUUGGCCUGAGAUGGUUAAUGCAAUUACCAAUUAUUUCUUGCAGCUUUUAUGGCCUAGCAAUCCUGGUUGUCUCUUUCUAGAAUGUUUGAUGGGAAAUUGUCAGUACGUACAAUUGCAGGAUUAUAUCCAACUGCUCCAACCUUGGUGUCAAGUCAAUGUUGGUUCCUGUCGAUUUAUGCUGGGACGGUGUUACCUGAUUACAGGAGAGGGACAGAAGGCUCUGGAAUGCUUCCGCCAGGCGGCAUCUGAAGUAGGCAAGGAGGAAUUCUUGGAUCGCUUGAUUCACUCAGAGGAUGGGGAGAUUGUAUCCACCCCCAGGCUACAAUAUUAUGAUAAGGUUUUGCGUCUGUUAGAUGUUGUUGGUUUGCCUGAACUGGUUAUUCAGUUGGCCACAUCAGCCAUAACUGAAACAGGUGAUGACUGGAAAAGUCAGGCUACUUUAAGAACAUGUAUUUUCAAACAUCAUUUGGAUAUGGGUCAUAACAGCCAAGCAUAUGAAGCCUUAACUCAGAUUCCUGAUUCCAGCAGGCAGUUAGAUUGUUUACGGCAGCUGGUAGUAGUUCUUUGUGAACGCUCACAGCUACAGGAUCUUGUAGAGUUUCCCUAUGUGAAUCUGCAUAAUGAGGUUGUGGGAAUAAUUGAAUCACGUGCCAGAGCUGUGGAUCUUAUGACUCACAAUUACUAUGAGCUUCUAUAUGCCUUUCACAUUUAUCGCCACAAUUACCGAAAGGCUGGCACAGUGAUGUUUGAGUAUGGAAUGCGUCUUGGCAGAGAGGUUCGGACUCUCCGGGGACUUGAGAAGCAAGGCAAUUGUUACCUGGCUGCUAUUAAUUGUUUAAGACUUAUUCGUCCAGAAUAUGCAUGGAUUGUGCAGCCAGCAUCUGGUGCAGUGUAUGAUCGCCCUGGAGCAUCCCCAAAGAGGAAUCAUGAUGGAGAAUGCACAGCUGUCCCAACAAAUCGGCAAAUUGAAAUCCUGGAAUUGGAAGAUCUGGAGAAAGAGUGUUCCUUGGCUCGCAUUCGCCUCACUUUGGCUCAGCACGAUCCAUCAGCAGUUGCAGUUGCAGGAAGUUCAUCAGCAGAGGAGAUGGUCACUCUCUUGGUCCAGGCUGGCCUUUUUGACACUGCCAUAUCACUCUGUCAGACUUUUAAACUUCCCUUAUCACCAGUCUUUGAGGGACUUGCUUUCAAAUGCAUCAAAUUGCAGUUUGGAGGAGAGGCAGCCCAAGCAGAAGCCUGGGCCUGGUUAGCAGCCAAUCAGCUCUCAUCAGUCAUCACCACCAAGGAGUCUAGAUACAGUGCUACAGAUGAAGCAUGGCGACUAUUAUCAACUUACCUGGAAAGGUACAAGGUCCAGAAUAACUUGUAUCACCACUGUGUAAUCAGCAAGCUCUUGUCCCAUGGAGUGCCUCUGCCUAAUUGGCUUAUAAAUAGUUACAAGAAGGUUGAUGCUGCUGAGUUGCUUCGUCUAUACUUGAACUAUGACCUUUUAGAAGAAGCCGUGGAUUUGGUUUCAGAAUAUGUGGAUGCUGUAUUGGGAAAAGGACAUCAGUACUUUGGAAUUGAGUUUCCAAUGUCUGCAACAGCCCCACUGGUGUGGCUCCCAUACUCUUCUAUUGAUCAGCUUCUCCAAACUCUAGGGGAGAACAGUGCCAACAGUCACAACAUCGCUCUCUCCCAGAAAAUACUUGACAAAUUGGAGGACUACCAGCAAAAAGUUGAUAAGGCAACACGGGAUUUAUUAUAUCGUCGGAACGUGUGAUCAAUCUGAAUUGUUACCUAGCCUUUGUAACUAGCUGGUGCCUCUUGGGGUUUAAGAAUUUACCCUACAGGAACCCUGAACUCAAGGUCAAUUUUUUUAUUACUGUAAAUGAUGUGUAUAACAUUCAAGUCUGCAUUCUACACAAAAUAGGAGGGCAGUGUGAGUCAGAGGACCCUGUGCUUGCUGGUGGUGCUAACACAGUUUCUGAUUUUCAGCCUUGGCUCAGACAGCUGCUUUUGUAUAUGAUUCACAAGCUUUUUUAGAGUUUAUAUUUUUUUAAAUUACCAAAAACAUCCUUUAUCUACAAAUUAAAACCACUUCCACUUUACCAAAUUAGCUAAUGGUUGUUGGUUUGUUGUAACUAACCACCAAAAGCCAUCACUGCAAAUCCUUUCAUUCUUCCCUUUCACUUUUUGUAUUUCAGUGGAAUUAUUUUGGUCCAGAACUGACAUAUUUUCUGUAUUGCAAACAGAGGCUAAUGAUUUUGUGUACUCUUUUUAUUAUUUAUUGUGGAGUUUUUGUAUGACCUUCAAUAAAGUAUUAAAUAAUUUGCCUAGACUAAGUCUAAAAUGAUGACCAGCUAUUUAAAGAGGAUAUCUUAUUUUGAAUUUGGUUCUGAAGCUAAAGUUGAUUAACUCAGUUAAGAAAUCCAUCACCUAUAAAAGCAACAGAUUUUCAAAGUAAAUUGUGUUAAACUUUAUGAUUUAUGAUUUCAAGCUGAACUUGAUCAUACAGUUAUUCUGAUAAUGUGUUGGACCAAAGUAUAAACUUUCCUGGUCAGAUUCAGAAGCAUUCAUGCCCACAGAUUUUAAGGAAGGUGGAAAAUAAACAGUCUUCUUGGAUUUUAUUAUGUAUAUUAAAAUUUAUCUUUUAAGAAACUGA